AUUUCGUCCGCUUUUCUUUUUUCUCCUUUUUCUCACUUCUUGUCAUCUCUCUUUUUCUCUUUUUGACAUGGCACGAGCAAUACAAACAACCACUAUCAAACCAACUGUGGUGAAAAAGGUGGACACUCGAUUUGCUCAUAUUCAGCCUGCUGGCAGUUGGGAAAUCCCUCGAAAACUAUAUCAUUAUUCCAUUGGAUUCCUGGUAUUAUGUCUUUUCAUUUACGAUUAUGAUACAUUGGUGAUCUAUCCUCCUUUGACGGCUUUUCUUUGUUUGGUCUUGACAGGUGAAAUGCUUCGAUUUCAAUUUGAAUGGUUCAAUGUUCUUUAUUGCAAAGUGUUAGGUCCUUUGAUGCGACAAUCUGAAAUUUCAACAAGGUUCAAUGGUGUUGUCUAUUAUCUUGCUGGAUGUAUCAUUGUUCUAUAUGUGUUUCCUCGCGACAUUGCAGCAUUAUCCAUUAUCUAUUUAUCAUGGACAGAUCCAACGGCCAGUAUCUGUGGACGGUUAUGGGGCAAAUAUACACCACGAUGCGGUAACAAAUCGUUAGCAGGUAGUCUUGGUGCCUGGUUCACGGGUAGUCUGGUGACUUACUUGUUUUUUGGCACAUGGCAAUACGCUUCCCCUGUCGGGUCCAUAUUCCCGACGUCGUAUGAUCUUCACCUUUCUCAAGUCCCUCUUUGGCUAUUCUCUCUAUAUGGUGGUUUUGUUUCGGCUUUCUCGGAAUUCAUUGGUGAUUCUUUAGGUUUGGAUGAUAAUUUGACUAUUCCUGUGGUCAGUGCUGCCUUAUUAUGGUUCGCUUUGGUCGUCCUUGAUUGGGGUCAAUGAAUGGAUAUCUUCUUUUUUUUUGUUGUAUUUAUAGUGAUUCAUUUAGAAUAGUUUAUUCCCUAUAUUUUGUACGAACAAAAUCAUAUAGAAAUAAAUAAAAAACAAUCAAAGUUUUUUUCUUUUUUU